CGCCAUCUUGUGCACCACAUGACCUCGUUGCCGUGUCCCGUGACCAGCUCACGUGAAUUUUGACAAAUUCAAACGUUUUUGGUAGAAAAAAAAAUGGAUAUAUUGGAGCAGCAUCUCGAACAGCAGGAUGUCAGGUCUCCUCAAGGUCAUCACGUAGUGCACAGUGCGCACUUACAAGACUUAGGACAACGGUCGUGGAACACUGUUAGCACGAAGGAUGAAGGCGGCACAGGAAUUGUUAUCGAGGAGGCGGAAAUCGUUGACUGUGAAGGGGAAACUGUUGGUGAAGAUGGAAUGCGCUACCAAGAAGCUUUGGCAUAUAGAGUGGUCCAACUAAAUAGUACUGCUGCUGGCAAUGAAAUAGAUUUGCCAGUCAGUCAGCCAGGGAAUAAUACUGUACAGGUCUUAACAUCCCCAUUGAAUGGACAGUUUUAUGUCAUUGGGAAUGCUAAUGACGUUUUCACCACUGCACAGACCUCUAGAUCACUGGUUCCAAGAACAACUACUUUACAGAUAGAAACACCAAGGACUUGUAACACUGGAUUGAAAAAAAGAGACGAUAGAAGAAGAGCAACCCAUAAUGAAGUGGAGCGUCGGCGAAGAGAUAAAAUAAAUAAUUGGAUUGCAAAAUUAGGAAAAAUUAUACCUGAUUGCAAUACUACUGCAAACGCAAAUGGAACUGGUAGCAGUGGUGAAGGCAAAGCAAAUUAUGAGACCCAGAGCAAAGGAGGAAUUCUGGCAAAGGCCUGUGAAUACAUAGGAGAAUUACGAGCAGCCAAUCAAGGAUUGGGUCAAUGUCUACGAGAUAAUGAGAAAUUACGACAAGAAAUAACUGCCUUGAAGCAACUUGUUACACAAUUGAAACGAGAAAAUCUUCAACUAAGAUCUCAGAUAUCAUCCACGGGAACUAACGUCGACGUUGUUCAUUUGAGUCCUUAAAAAUUUCUUAGUCCAUAACACAGUGCUUCUUUUUGUAAAUAUUAGGGUACAUAAGCUGGCUCGAUAGUCAGACGAAGUAUUUACUCUUAUGAUUUCUUUUUUCACGGGAGCCACAAUAAAUUUUGUCAUAUUGGAUUAAUAUUUUUCGAAAUGUAUGAAAUGGUCCUAAAAAUGGUAUAGUCAUAACUAGAUUUGCAAUUAUGUAUAUUGUACGUACUUCGCGUUGUUCACGAGAAGAACCCGAGGACGGCGCAGGGACAAGGGAAGUCUCCUGCUACAAGUUUUGUUUAUAGUUUCGACUGAAUAUGUGUAAAUGCAUUGACAAAUAGCAAAUUAGUAUCGAAAAUAAGACGAGAAAAGAAAAAUUGAUUAAUUAGACCUGCGCUGCUAUCAGAGAUUCUUUUGAACAAUACGGAGUAUAUUCAUAUUCGUACUAAAUUUUGUUGAUAAUAAGGAAAAGGGUAUAGCGUAAUCAAUCGAUGCCUAAAGAUUUUGUUUUAAACAAAAACUAAAUCAUAAAAUUGAAUACAAUUGUAAAACAUUUUAUUCAAAAUUAUCGUUUCAUUAUGAAUUUAAUUAAUAUAUCUUGAGUGCAAUUUUAUAUUAUAAGAUCGCAACGGCAAUGUUGGAAGUUACGACUAUUCCUUGCAGGACCUAUUUAAAAUGAAUUUGUUUUUGUAAUAUGCAAACAUAAUAAGUUGCAUUGAAUUGCCUCGUGUACGUGAACGAGCCAAGGCUGUGAAUGUUGAGCAUUGAAUUUAAGCGUUCGGAUUAUGCAAUUUUAGACUGUGCAGACAGAGCACAGUCAAUUUCAAUUUUUAAAAAUGAAUAAACAGAUGUAAGUUUUGUUGGAACGUUAACGAUAAAAUUACAAUAUGAAAUAUGACGACUGAAAAAUCACAGAGAACGUUGAAUAUUUUUUAUUUUUAAUACUAUUUUCACGAGUGUAGAGUAGGUACUUCAUGAAAUGAAUUAGGAAGUGAGAAUGUAAAAUAGAUUAAUCGUACACGUAUGGGUGUGUAUGUAUAUUUAAAUGUGUAUAUAUACACGUAUGUGUACAUAUGCAUAUACGUAUGCAUAUAGCAAUAAACAUAUUUUUUUCAAUCUGGAAUUUCGAAUGUCACAAGAUAACGGCAUCGAAAUAAUUGAAAAUUAAAUACUGGUUUGUAAUAUAUCGUUGAUGUAUAUAUCGCGAGGUUAUUGUUAUAUAAUAAUAUUAUUAAAAUGAAAUUUAAUGAAGCCUAUUGUUAUGAUUACUUAUCCGACACCAAUGAGCCUGAAGGAAGACUAGUUUCUUCUGUUUUUUCCUUUUAAUGCAUAGUCUUUAUUCGUUUUUACAUAUGUUACAAUGGAAAUGUUGAAGUUACUUGGAACACUGUAUACGAUGCAUCUUUUUUUAUACUUUCUUUUCUUUCAACGAUAAAAGACCCUGCACCUUAACAGUUCAACAUUUUGACACAUUUUUUUUAAACUUUCAGACCAUUUUUUGCAACGUUUAAACGUUUAAAAUAACAUCUACUUUUUAUGUAACGUCUGCAUUUGUCGCUUAAUAUGUUUACAUAAUACGCUAUUUAUAAUACAAUAUUUAAUACUCUUUAAUUGAAAUUUCAUUCUCUGUAAAAAGCUGCCAUGUCAUCCCAUGCAACAACAAAAAUAUUUAAGCAUAUCAUUAAUAAUAUAUACUCUUUCGCGAAUGGAUGAAUGGAAAGCUUUUGACGAUGCCCUUUUAGUCUCAUUUUACAUACAUACAAAAGUUCUUCUGCACUUCAUUCUUUUUGCGAGUUACUCUCCAAUUAGCGCAAAAUAAAAUCUAACCGGAAGCUUUAUUAUUCUCCAGGCAACUUAUCAUUUUUUGACAACUUCACAAUGAUUAUUAGACUGCGGCUUUCAUGCGUUAAAGUGUUUGAUUUUUUGUAAAUGUAAUUAUAAGAAAUAAUUAUUUUGUUUUUUAUUCUUGUCAUUAUAAAUUAAUCUGAUGACAUACCAAUUUGCAUAAUCACCCACAGUCCAUUAAAUAAUCAAAAUUUUAUUUUUAA